AUGGCGCUUACCGUUGAACAAAAAAUCGAAAUCAUGGCUUACAAGAAUGCUGGAUGGAGUGCAGCCAAAAUUGCGAAGCAUUUCAAGGUGGCACGAGGCACCGUCUACAAUGUCAUCAAGAACCAUGAGCAGAGAGGAACUCAUGAGCGCAAGAAGGGAUCCGGACCACGCAAGAAGUUAACGGAAAGAGACGUUCGAACGUUGGUGCGGGAACUCCACAAGGAUCCGCAUAUAUUGUUGUCUGACCUUACUCAAAAGCUAGUGACGAAGGUUUCUGAGCAAACAGUUCGAAGGGAACUACAUCGCCUAGGCUACUAG